AGUUAAAUAAAAAUUUCACUUGACAUUUGAAUAUGACAAUUACUUAAAAAUAUUAAAUUUACAGACUCUGGAUCGCGACCCAUUUAAAAAUAUUUUCAGAGUAAUGCGGAAGUACAAUAAUAAUCAAAUCAUGACACAUUUUAAAAUCUGUUGACCAAACAUUACCUGCCAUCCUUGCAUCUCUUCUGACUCAAUGCCCUCCGGGAAAGGGCUCGAAACGGUCGACCGUUUCGCGCGACGGUCGACCUUGGUCUUCAUCAGGUCGGAUUGGCGGAUCACCGUGACGGUCGACCGUGGUUGACUGGCAGUCGACCGUUGUUGACUUCUUCAGUGUGGCUGCGUUUGGCUGAGCUUCGGCGGUCGACCGUUUUAUCGACAGUAGUAGUCCGUUUUGAUGUUUAAUACGACGGUCGACCGUUUGCUUCGACCGUUUGGGUCUGCGAAACUUUCUCUUAAUAUUUUGAGUGUCCAAAAUACUUCUUUAAGUCUUUUAAACACCUCUGAUUGAAAUAUACAUAUUAUUGGGUCGAUUCCCAAAGUUUAUAUUACUUAUGUGUAUAUUAACUUUAUGGAUUUGGUGCAUUUUGGUCUUAACAUAUAGAUGACUUAUAUAUGCAUCACAUAUAUAAUUUGGGAUGAUUUAAACAUAUGGAUUAACAUAUAAGUUCAUGUACGUAUGUGAUGAAUGAUUCGACAAGUCUAACGCAAAAGUACAGACCUGGAAAUCAUAGGCCGAAACCUUACGGAUGAGCGGGAGUGGAAACAACAUCGAAAUUUGCCAACUUUGUCAUUCUCGUCACAAUUGGACAGCCUGCCGUAUUUUGGUCAUAUCUCCAUUGUUUCUUCACGGAAUUGCAAACCGUUUGAUUCUGUGGAUUCCUAAGAUUAAGGCUUAUAGAGUCUUCAACAAAUGCACCUUAACCGUUGAGGAAUCUCCUCAUGUUGUCUUUGCCAAAAAUGAUGCUCGCUUGGCGAGAAAGGUUUCUUGUGAUGAUCUUAUAGAUUCGUUGGAGAACAUCUAUCUCAACGACGAUGACGAAGUAGACAACUCAAAGGAAAGUCAGGAUGAAGAAGUAGAGCCACCCGUAAACGAGGAACAACCACAAGAGGAGGAAACGCCAAUGCCAAGGGCAUGGAGGACUUCAAAGAACCAUCCUCUUGACAAGGUGAUCGGUGACAUCAACCGAAAGGAGGACAAAGAAAGCGCUCCCGCACCGGCAAGAACGCCGCAUCCUCCUCAGCUCCUCCAUCAUCGACGCACAAGUACCUCGACGGGUCGUUCCUUUGGUUCAACGACCGCGCAGAGGCUACGAGGUUCUCGGAGAAGUUUGAGCACCGGGAAAUUCUCCCUCCCUGAUUCUCCACCGCCCGCUUCAUUCAUGACUCCAUUCCACGAUGAGGACGGAGCGUUGAUCUCUAACGUCAACGGGGUGGACAUUUAUUUGAAUGAGGAAAACAUUCAAAUCCUCACCGGGCUUCGUCGGGACGGACAGGAUCUCGGGCUCUACGUCGGAGCAGAAGGAGCGCGGUUCAACGAGACCGCCCUCUUGGAGGAAGUGGGCAUCAAAAACUUCGUCCCCACUCCCCAACAGCGGCGCCCUACGAAUUCUUCCAUGAGUCCCGUGUUUCGAUUCAUUUUUUAUGUUUUGACACGGAUUCUCAAGCCUAGGAAGUUCAAUCACACCACUCUCUCCCAGGAGCACACGAAGACAAUUCAUGCGAUGAUUCGCAACGCCAAUCUCAAUUGGUGUAAAUUUGUGAUGACUCACAUGUUCACCGCCACCUCCGACAAUCGGCCGCUCCCCUACGCCCUCCUCGUCAUGGCGAUUCUUGAAGAGUAUAACAUCAAAACCGAUGUUGGGCCAAAGAUAAAGGGGACAAAGCAUUGGGAGAUUGAUGAAUCCUCUUUCCACUCGGGCACCGACGAGACUCUGUUUCGACAGCCUCGUCCACGCCGCCAACCGAGAGCCACUGCCUCGAACGCCACCGCUUCGACCAAUCCUUCUCUCGCCGAGCAAAUGGCAGCCUUGACCGCCACUCUCUCUCGGAUUCACACCAACGUCUCCCAAACGGCCCAAAAUGUAAAUAUUUUGAGCCGAGAGCUUCACGGGUAUUUUGACUUUGUCAAUUACCCUUACGCUCAAAUGGUCCCCUACGCUCCUCCACCGAAUGUCGGGGGUGCACCAAGCGGGACUAAUAACAUUGGGGGAGAUGAAGAGGUGGACGAUGAGGAAGAGGAAGAAGAAGCCAAAGAUGAUGAUGAAGACGAUGAAGAAGAAGACAUUGACGAAGACCAACUUCUCAAUGAUCUUUCACCGGACUUCUAGAGCUCUAGCUCUAUUCCCUUCUCUUCUUUAUUCUUUUUAUGCUUUUUAAAUUUGCUUCCGUUAUGUACUCCGCUAUUUCCCUUAAUUAAUUAAUAAAAAUCUUUAUGGUUUUUGUUAUAAAAAAUCUUUUUGUUAAUGUCAAAAGGGGGAAGAUAAGGGCUAUGCAUAUAUUAAAGGGGAAUUUGUUUU